ACACCAAAGAAACAUGCUAUUUCGCGAAGAAAGAGAGACACAUGGCAUCAUCAUCAACAACUACCAUCUCUCUUUCCUUAGCUACAUUGUCUUCUACUACUGCCACUGUUACUUCCUCAAUAACCCAAACUAAGACUUCCUCCAUUUGCAGCUUCAGAUCCCAUGAAAGGACUUUAUCUUCUUCGCUACUGGGCACAAGAAUACGUGUCUAUAACAAAACAGCAAGAACAAGAGUGGUGGAAAAGAGUAGCUCUUCAAACGGGAUCACUUGCUUAGCUUCAUCUUCUGUUCUUCCAUCAGCUCUUCUCUUUGAUUGUGAUGGCGUGCUUGUUGAUACUGAGAAAGAUGGCCACAGGAUUUCUUUCAAUGAUACUUUCAAUGAAAGAGAACUGGGAGUGAGCUGGGAUGUGGAUUUGUAUGGCGAGUUGCUCAAAAUAGGAGGUGGAAAAGAGAGGAUGACAGCCUACUUUAACAAGACUGGGUGGCCGGAAAAAGCUCCCAAGAGUGAAGAAGAGAGAAAGGAAUUUAUAGCUUCACUUCAUAAGCGAAAGACAGAGCUGUUCAUGGCCCUUAUUGAGAAGAAAUUGUUACCUCUUCGACCAGGCGUUGCAAAGCUGAUUGAUCAGGCUCUUGGAAAAGGAGUAAAAGUUGCUGUCUGCAGCACUUCUAAUGAAAAGGCGGUCUCCGCGAUAGUUUCCUUUCUGCUGGGGGCUGAACGAGCAGAAAAGAUCAAGAUAUUUGCAGGAGAUGUUGUUCCACGCAAAAAGCCUGACCCGGCCAUUUAUACAUUAGCAGCCAACACUCUGGGUGUUGAUCCUUCAAGCUGUGUAGUGGUGGAGGACAGUGCAAUAGGUCUUGCAGCUGCCAAAGCUGCUGGAAUGAAGUGUAUAGUAACAAAGAGCGGUUACACAGCUGACGAGGACUUCUUGAAUGCCGACGCGGUCUUUGAUUGCAUUGGGGAUCCUCCAGAGGAGUGUUUCGACUUGGCCUUCUGCGGAAGUCUUCUUGAGAAGCAGUAUGUCAGCUAGCUCAUAUUAUUUUCAUAAUCACCACUCCUCAUAUAUAUAUUUUCUUAAUAUGUAAUAAACUUUAUCCAUGAUUAAUUAAGACCUUUCAUGCCUCAAUGCUGAUCAAAUCUUGAACAUUGAAAUGAAACAGAACAGAAGCCAAAUGCUAUGCCAUCCUAUGCCUA